UGACACUGAUGUGCACUGUGUGAAGGCGGGGAGGAGUUGGCUCGUUUAGGCUGAUUAGCAACAAACAGAAGGUUGCGAGUUUACACUUUGGAUUAUUUCAUCACCGGAUUGGAUUUUGCCAUCACCGAAGGCGUAUGAACUCACAUCUGUGUUAACCCGAUUCCUGUUUUCACGCUUUUCGGCGAGGCCAGGUGGCUAUUUGCAACAUUUGUGAGGGCUAAUAGCGGAGGGCAAACUCGCUUUUUUUUAGGUCGUUGGAGGUGGCGAUGGUGAGCUGAUAGCUGCGUCAUCAUGUUGCUUCCGACUCGAGUUGGCCGAAAGAAAUCUCAAGUUAACGCCGUCCCCAGCCAUCCUGCUCCAAAGGCCACUCCCGACCACCUGAGGUAGAUGUAACGCGGACCGCUGCCCGGGGGCAAAGCUUGCUAACGGCUGGGGACCGAACGAGGUGGCUGACUUUACAUCACUUGGCGUUGUUGGCGCGAUUCCCCCCACUGGGCUGCAAUUGUUAUCUCCACUCCAACGACAGUCUCCCAAAGCAAGCGUGUCGCCGUUUGAACGUCACAACAACAACGUGACCGUAACGUUUGUGAAACAUUAACUAUAGCCAUAUAAAUAUUUCAUGUUUGGACGAGGACGAGUGAUGCCUGCGAUGACAUCAAGGCUAAAAAUCGGCAGCAUCUACUGAAAUGUUGUCGUUUGGCACUUUCGCCUGUAACAUUUGAUAAGAGAGAAAUGUUCUAAUAAUUUUUAACGAAUUAUCCGAAUAGACAACCGAUGUUUUAUCAGGGUGUCAAAGUGUGUUAAACUGGACGUCAGGGAGUUUUGACUGGGCCCUCCUCAAAGCAGGGACAAAGUUUCACCCUAUCUAUCAGCGGAUACAAAACAAAUCACGAUGGCCGUGAAGGGGACACGUUGCCCCCCGAAGCCGUGGUCGAGUGUUGCCGGCGAAAGGAGCUGGUCACCUAACUUCGAGUGGAUCGGCGGGCUGCUUUACCGAAAGAAACUGGAGAGGGGGUUCCUCAACUACCGGGAGGUUUUGGACGAGGAUCGGAGACUGGAGGCAGUCGCUACCUUUCACCGGCGACCACCCGGCAUGCGUCACCUCUCCUUGGAGGAGACCUACAAAUGCGUGGCCGAGAACUACUGGUGGGAGGGGAUGUACUUCCACAUCAGAGACUUUGUCCUGAACUGCUCUGAGUGUCAGAGCCAGCAACACAAGGUGACAGAGGAGCUAGGCAGCCGAGGAUGCGUCACGAAGACGAUAGCGUCGCACGGCUCUGACAUGCUCAACAAGCUGAGGAGUCAACGGGAGGCGGGGAUGUUCUGUGACAUCACUGUGCGCACUAACGGUCAGUCCUACGCCGCGCACAGGGCUGUGCUGGCAGCCGUCAGUGACCACUUCCAAGAAGUCUUUACAGAGAUGGAUUCCAGUAUGAAGACAGACAUAGAUCUCACUGGUUUCAGCGAGGACAGCCUCUUGUCUCUGCUGGAUUUCUCCUACUCUUCCACCCUUUGCGUGCGCUGGGUGGACCUCCCUGAAGUCAUCACCAUGGCCCGUCACUUGGGCAUGUGGCCUGCUGUGGAGGCCUGCUCUGCUCUCAUGAAAGAGCACCGCAACAUUGUCCAUCCUACCCAGGAUGUAAAAUUGGAGUACGGUGGGGUUUGUAGUCGGCGCCAUCACCAACAGACAGAAACCAAAAGGAAAAGGAAGUUAGAGGAUAACACUGGCGGAGUCCACUUGACAGUGGAUACAUCUGAUGAAUCUUUGGAAGGGAGUCCGUGCUGCAAUUUGCAUAGGAUGUCAAAUGCCAAAGUUCAUAACAGACUCCCCAUGAGCCCCUCACACAGAAUGAAGCUCAUGGACUUCAAAUCUCCUUCCUCCAAGAAGACUGCCGUAUCCACAAAUAUUGCCACCCCACAGUCCAAAAAUUACUCCCCCAUAUCUCCACCCAACACCCGUCUACUCCGCUCAAGUCCUGGGGCUGCUCAGCAAGUUCAGAGAUUACUGCCCAUAUUGGAAAGCCCUCGACAAAACCGAAAGUCGUGCACCCCCAGAUCCAGUCCGGUUUGUAGCCCUGUCAGGGUGAAGCAGGAAGUGGAGGAGGUGGGAGUGGAUGAGGAAGACUACGCAAGAGCCCAGGAGAAGUACAAACUAAUGCUGGUUCUCGGGCUCCAGAGGACAGCCCUUCUCCCUCGACCGGAAGAUCUGAUUGGUUGGAGGCAGAAGAAACGACUCAGGAAGCUCAAAGCCAACAACUACUCGCUAACCAAGAGGCGAAAACCCCGCUCCGCUCCCCCAGUGCUACCAUAUACCCCUGUGACACUGUCACUUCCCCUCUGCGACCCUGUGAACAGUAUCCUACUCGACAAGGAGGGGAAAAUCAAGUCUCGCGGCCCACCUGUCAAUGAAGGAAUGACAAAGAGGCACAAUUCCAAAAAACACGUCCCUCCUAGCGACAGGAGCAUGCGAAGUAAAGGGGUCUUACCUGAUAUGUUCCGAGCAGCAUCCCGGCCUGGCUUCAGUGGGAGAGAGCUCAGACGGUCUGUGAGGAACGGUGCUAGUGUCCAUCCCCCUGUCCAGCAGCCCGUGCGGCGUACCUCCAACAAAACUCCAGCGAGGAACACUGUCAGGAUCAAAUCAGAACCAGCUGAAUACUCGGUCUCAGGUCUCUCUCUCGCAUCAGUCAAUCAUUCGUCUCAGAGAACACAGGCCAGGAAUAACAUCGCCGGCGCGCCGGUCAAGACACUACGCUACAACAGCAGCCGUCCAGGGACAAAAGCCAAGCCCAGACAGGGCAGCACCACAGAGGAGCGGAAGCCCCGGGGCAGACCCAGGAAAGUGUUGAGGGAGGAGAUGGACACUGAGAGACAAGCAAAGGGCGAUCAACACGAUGGGUUCCAGUUCUCAGAGCACUCUCCUCCCCAGGCCAUCUACAACCACCCUUUAUACAAAGUCAUCAAAGAGGAACCCCCAGAUCCUGUGCCAGUUGGCGGCCCUUUGUUGGAUCCUCCAUCCCCAGACCUGGGUAAGCGCCAGAGCAAGCCUCCCAUCAAACUACUGGACUCAGGCUUUUUGUUCAGCUUCUGCCGGCCUUCCGGGGCACCCAUGGUGGGAAUCAAGAAAGAAGAAGAGAGCGUGGAUAUUUGUUUGACGCGCUCCGUGUCACAAAUCGGAGAGAAAUUUGGAACGGGUCAAUCCAAGCACAGGGCACUGAGAGCCAGAGGACCACCCCACACCUUGACGAUGGUGAAGAAGGAGAGGGAGGAGAGGAGUGUGAGCCAGAGCAGGGUUCAGAGACGCCGGACCAACUCCAGAAACGACACGCCUUUAGUCAGAUCUAAAGGGAAAAAGGCUGCACUUACCAUACCAAAGCAAGAGCCUAUCGCCAUCCCAUUGAGCAGCAGGGGCUGCGUCGUAUUGGACUCUGUUCGCCGGGCAAGGCUAAAGCAGCUGCGAGGCCCGCGCAGCCAGGUCCCAAAAGCUCCGAAGGUGGCCCACUCUUGCACGCAAUGCUCCACCUCUUACAAGGACUGCGAUGCACUCAUCAUGCAUCGCCUGCGGCACAUCGAAGGCAAGCACUGGCCGUGUCUGCUUUGCAGUAAGACGUUCUUUCGACUGAGGAAUGUACGGAACCACAUCCGCACCCAUGACCCCAAGUUGUACAAAUGCAGGAACUGCAUUGUCGCUGGCUCCUGAGGCCAGUUCGUCAUCCAAAGGGUGUGCUGAACCAAGGUUGAGUUACAGGUUUACGUUUUGGCCAUGUGCAACCGAGUGGAAAAAUGUCUUCCUAUUUUUUUUCCCCCUAGAUUCCGACGUAGAGCAAAUGACAAGGAAGUCACACGAGCAAUCAGAAGCUUGUACAUAAUGGAGCCGUCACUCAAGCACAACGGGGUCUGUAAGGACAAGUGACUGUUCUUUUGAUUUUAAUCUAAUCAUGGUGGUAUU